AUGGUACCCGGUACGGGCACGCCAUGUUCGCGGGGCACGCGUGGUACCCGGUACGGGCACGCCAUGUUCGCGGGGCACACGUGGUACCCGUCAGUGCAAACAAACAAACGGAAAGUGUGUUCUUUACUGCAGGAUGACGUCAUGAUGCCCCAGCGGGUGAGGCUGCAACACCAGGCUGCGGUUCAGCACCCGUCGAGCAUCGUCGGUUGCCAAGUGAGGAGAGAUCCCCCUAACUCCACCGAACGAUACACACGUUGGAUCAACCAGCUGACGCCUGAGCAGCUCCUGACGCAGGUUUUCACCGCAAAUGGUCCAACGGUGAUCAUGCCCACCUGGUUCUGUUCGCGAGCUUGGUUUUCCCACGUGGGCCCCUUUGACGAGGGAGGUCAGGGCGUCCCGGAGGACCUGUUGUUCUUCUACGAGCACCUCAGGAAGGGCGGCGGCGUCAUCCGCGUGGACCAGAGCCUCCUGCUGUACCGAUACCACCCGCGGGCGGCCACGCACUCCAUUCUUAAGACGACCGUCUGGACCCACCGCGUCCGUUUCCUGGAAGAGCAGGCCCUUCCCCGCUGGGCAGCCUUCACCAUCUGGAACGCCGGCAAGCAGGGGCGCCGGCUGUACCGCAGCUUGACCGCCGCCAGCCAGCGCAAGGUGGUGGCCUUCUGUGACGUGGACGAGAACAAGAUCAGGAAAGGCUUCUAUUGCCACGAGGACUCUCAGGAAAGACCCAAGCCCCGAAUCCCCAUCCUGCACUUCCGAGCCGCCCGGCCACCCUUCGUCAUCUGCGUGAAGCUGGACCUCACAGGGGGCGCCUUUGAGGACAACCUGAGGUCGCUGCACUUGCAGGAGGGCCAGGACUUCCUUCACUUCAGCUGACGGACCCACGGCCGCUGCUCCCAGUGCAUCCCCGGCCAGCAGGAGCUUCGUGAGCUGCAGGCAUAGCAACGGUGCACCCCAGUUCCACACCCAGCAGGCGCAACCACAGAGUCUCGUGUGUGCUGACCACAGGAGCCGAACCUUUUCCACCGUGUGGACUCGUGGUCAAGGCUGGGCCUGGUCAGCCAGGACCCUCACCACGUGACCCCAGCCAAUCGAGGGGACAGUUCGAGGAGGAGGAGACCCCAAUUACACAGGUUGGAAUAAAAUGUUUAAAUCUCGU